AGGAGCAGAUUUGAACAUGUGACGGAAGGAACUGAAGGAACAGGAAGUAGAACCCUCCUGAACAGGAUCUUCACUGAGCUCUACAUCACAGAGGGACAGAGUGAAGAGGUCAAUACUCAACAUGAGGUGAUGCAGAUGGAGACGACCUCCAAGAAGAAGACGGUCCAGGAAAAUCCCAUCAAGUGCUGCGACAUCUUUAAAGCCUUACCUGACCAGCAGGGGAGCAUCAGAGUCGUCCUGACCAACGGCGUCGCUGGUGUUGGAAAAACCUUCUCGGUGCAGAAGUUUACUCUGGACUGGGCCGAGGGUUUGGAAAACCAGGAUGUGAAUCUGCUGAUUGUGCUCUCGUUCAGGGAGCUGAACCUGAUCAGAGAUCAGCAGCACAGUCUUCUCACGCUGCUCCAUGUUUUCCAUCCAACAUUAGAGAAGGUCAGAGCAGAGGAGCUCGCUGUCUGUAAACCUUUGUUCAUCUUUGACGGCCUGGAUGAAAGCAGACUCUCACUGGACUUCAGCAGCAGGACGCUGGUUUCUGACGUCACACACAUGUCAUCAGUCAAUGUGCUGCUGACCAACCUCAUCCAGGGGAAUCUGCUUCCCUCGGCUCUCGUCUGGAUAACUUCUCGACCUGCAGCGGCCAAUCAGAUCCCUCCUAAAUGUGUUGCCAGGGUAACAGAAGUACGAGGCUUCACUGACGACCAGAAGGACGAGUACUUCAGGAAGAGAUCCAGAACUGAAGAUCUGUCCAGCAGAGUCAUCUCACACAUCAAGACGUCCAGGAGCCUCCACAUCAUGUGUCAAGUCCCAGUCUUCUGCUGGAUCAGUGCUACAGUUCUGGAGCACAUGUUGACCACAGAGCAGAGAGGAGAGCUGCCCAAGACCCUGACAGACCUGUACUCACACUUCCUGCUGGUUCAGACCAAGAGGAAGAAGAAUAAGUACAAUAAAGGACAUGAGACGAGUCCACGGGAGCUGACGGAGGCCGACAGGGACUUUCUUCUGAAGCUGGGGAGGCUGGCCUUUGAACAUCUGCAGAAAGGAGACAUCAUGUUCUACCAAGAAGACCUGGAGCGGUGUGGUCUUAGUGUGACAGAGGCCUCGGUGUACUCAGGAGUUUGUACAGAGAUCUUCAGAAGAGAGAGCGUGAUCUUCCAGAAAUCAGUCUACUGCUUUGUUCAUCUGAGCGUUCAGGAGUUUCUGGCUGCAGUCUACAUGUUACACUGUUUCACCAAAAGGAAGAAAAACGUACUGCAGGACUUCUUCAGACAAAAAGAUAAAGACACUCCUCUGGAUGUGUUGCUGAAAGCAGCCAUGGAGAAAUCCCUUCAAAGUGAAAAUGGUCACCUGGACCUGUUUGUUCGCUUCAUUCAUGGACUCUGUCUGGAGUCCAACCACAGACUCUUGGGUCUGCUGGGUCAGACUCAGAACAGUCCUGAAAUCAUCCAGAGGGUCAUUGAGAACCUGAAGAAGAUGAACACAAAGAACAUCUCACCUGACAGAAGCAUCAACAUCUUCCACUGUCUGACAGAGAUGAACGAGCAAUCAGUGCAUCAGGAGAUCCAGGAGUUCAUGAAGUCAAAGAACAGAGAACAGGAACUCUCUGAGAUCCACUGCUCAGCUCUAGCCUACAUGCUGCAGAUGUCUGAGGAGGUUCUGGAUGAGUUGGACCUGAGCAAGUACAGAACAUCAGACCAGGGGAAACAGAGACUGAUUCCAGCUGUGAGGAACUGCAGGAAGGCUCGGUUAAGUGACUCCAGUUUGACAGAGAUCGGCUUUACGCCGAGUAAAGGCAUGGACCCAAAGAAACAGCGUCAAAAAGGCGGAGGUGAUGCUGACGAUGUUUCCAACGCUGAAAUCAUGAAUGCAGUGAGUUUGACAGAGAUCAGCUGUUCUUCUCUGGUCUCAGCUCUGAAGUCCAACCCCUCACACCUGAGAGACCUGGACCUGAGCUGGAACCAGCUGCAGGAUUCAGGAGUGAAGCUGCUGUGUUCUGGACUGGAGAGUCCACAUUGUAGACUGGAGACUCUGAGGUUGAGGGACUGCAGUUUGACAGAGAUCAGCUGUUCUUCUCUGGUCUCAGCUCUGAAGUCCAACCCCUCACACCUGAGAGACCUGGAC